AGCAGCCACUGUUGCACAGGAGCCGGGCCCAGCAUCCGUGAGCAAACGCUCCCUCCCUGUCUCUUGCCUUCUCUUCUCACUGCCUUCACUGACUGUGCUGGAGAAGAAGUAAAUCCCCUCUUUGAUGAUGUCCACUCAGCAAAUGCAGCCACUGGAACUCUCAGAGGACAGGCUGGACAAGCCAGACCUUCACUGUGGCCACAUAGAUGAUCUUUCAGACCAGUUCAUUAAAGAGUGUGAUCUCAAAAAGAAGCCAAGAAAGGGAAAAAAUGUACAGGCCACCCUGAAUGUUGAGUCAGACCAAAAAAAACCAAGAAGAAAAGAUACGCCAGCACUGCACAUCCCCCCCUUCAUACCAGGUGUGCUUUCAGAACAUCUAAUUAAAAGAUACGAUGUUCAAGAGAGACAUCCAAAGGGCAAAAUGAGCCCAGCUCUUCAUAAUACUGACCUGGAACAGAAAAAGCCAAGGAGAAAAGACACACCUGCCCUGAACAUGUCCCCCUUUGCAGCAGGUGUGACACUGCUCAGGGACGAGAGACCCAAAGUGAUCACGGAAGAUGACGAAAAGGAUGGUGAUAAGAUAGCUAUUUAAAGAUAGUUCCCUGGAGACCACUUGUAAAUAGUUUCAGGCCCGGGCUGAGUUUGACCCUGCCACCUCCGGCAUAUGGGGCCGGCUCCGUACUCCUUUGAGUCACAGGCGCCACCCCCAACUGCAAUUUUUACCAAGGGAUCAGAAAACACAGAUGCACUCUCAUUCUCUCAGAUUUGCUGUAUAACAUGAGGUUCACUUGCAGCUAUGGCCACAGGCUGCUCAAUAAACUCCAAGGAUACUCAGAAAAGCCCUCAUCUUUGCAGAGUCCCUGGGGUGGGAGGAAAAGACUGGUUGUCAGAGAAACAAAGGCCUUGCAUUCUAGCCCCAACUGUGUGACACAGAGCAAAUCCCUGGAACUCUCUGAGUCUGGUUCUUUAUCUUGAAAAUGAGAAUAAUAGUUCUUAUUUUGCCUUCUUUGUAAUUAAAAACUGAGUGAGAUAAUACGUGGCAAAGGUCUUUAAAGCCAAAAUCCCCUAUCCAACUGAUAGGAAGUUAGAAAUCCCUGCUCUCCAGGGGAAAGAGGACAAGAGCGGGCCCCCAGGGCUCCAUCUCGGUGCCUCCUACCUUAAGUCUAUCCUUAGUGAUUGCUUGCACCUGGGGAGGAGGACCCACCUUACUAAUCUACCAGUCAGAACUUAGCACUGCAAAAGGAUAUAGAAAACUCUCUAGCCUAAGAAUAGAUACAAAAGAAUCUUACAUGUGACCUAAAACAGCCUUAAAACUAAUUAUCAUGUCAAUAGCUUAAACCUACCUUGUGGUCCACACUCUUAAUGGGCUCUCAGAGAGGCUCCUAAGAGGUCCACAUUCUCAGAAAGACUGGUUCCAAGAUGAGCCCUGAACCCUGAGGUAGGCCUGACUCAGGCAGUAUAAAGGAGAACUGUUGCCUAUAACCCUUGCCUCUUUGCCUCUUUUCCUACUUGCCUUGACAAUGGAGGCCCGAAUGCUGUCUAUGGUAAGCAUAUCCUGCUCUGUAAACUUCCUGAUUUUGUAAACUUAUUCUUCUCUUUCUCAAUAAAUGUUA